GUGUGGCGAGCGCCCACGGGGCGGUAUAGGGCGUGGGCCCACGGGGCAGUGUGAGGCGUGAGCCUGCGGGGCAGUGCGCAGCCGGUGCGCCCGGCACGCUGGCCGCUCGCGGCUGAUAGCCGCCGCUCGGGGGUCGGGGGUCGGGGGUGGGUGGGUCCCUAUCAGCCGGCGGCACCGCGACGCGAUCAGAGACCGACGGCGGCGGUCAGAGUGGGCGCUGCCACCGCGACUGGGAGAUCCAUCCGGUGUCACCGGCCCCCGGCCCGCACCCCGACCGCCGGCCGCACCGCCGGCAACAACUGAGAGCAACAGACAGACGCCCGACCCGGACCGGGUGGCCAGACAAACCCAAACAGGCCUGCAACAGCACAGCAUGGUCUGGCUACUGCGCCAGAACAGCUCUUCUGGUGAGGGCGGGGGCGCCGACGGCGGGCGCCGGGGCGCCGACCGCGAGCCGUGUCUGCUGCACGAGAAUCACGCCUACUACGGGGCAGUGACGGACGGCUGUGCCGACGAGCUACUCACCCCGUCCGGCUGGGGCGCGCGGCACACACUGGCUGUGCUCGGCUGUCUGGGGUUCUUCGUGGCGUUCGCGCUGCGGGUCAACAUGUCGAUGGCCAUUGUGGCGAUGGUGAACGGCACGGCGCUGAGACUGCUGUCCCCCCACAACGACAGCGCCGGCGGCGGCGGCCGGCUCUGCACCGGAAACCGCACCUACCUCAUCGGAAACGACCUGCAGCAGGACGGUCCGUUCGUCUGGAGCGAGCUGACUCAGGGCGUCAUCCUGAGCUCCUACUUCGGCGGCUACCUGGUGUCGCAGGUGCCGGCCGGCCGGCUGGCCGAGCGGCUGGGCGCCGUGCGCGUGCUGGCCGUCGGCCUGGCCGCCGCCGGCCUGCUCACCCUCCUGACGCCUGUGUGCGCGCUGAGCGGCGUGCCCGCCCUGGUCACCAUCCGCUUCCUGCAGGGCGCCGCCAGUGGGGUCACCACGCCAUCCAUCCACUGCCUGCUGGCGCGCUGGGUGCCGCCCAACGAGAGGAGUCGUAUCAGCACCUUCGUCUAUGUGGGUAAGCAGCUGGGCACGGCGGUGACGAUCCUGAGCGCCGGUCCGCUGGCCGGCUGGCGCUGGGCCGGCGGCUGGCAGGCCAUCUUCUACGUGACCGGCUCCGUGACGCUGGUGUGGAGCGUCGCCUGGACGCUGCUCGUGUACGAGACCCCAGCCGACCACCCGCGCAUCUCCUUCCGCGAGCGCGUCUACAUCUACUCACUCACCUACCAGGGCUCCGGCCAGCGGAGUUCGGUGCCGUUUCCGUGGAGACGCGCGCUGAGCUGUCGGCCGUUCCAGGCGCUGAUCGUGACUCAGUUCUGUCAGAACUGGGGCGACUACCUGAUCAUGACCGAGCUGCCCACCUACAUCAGCACAGCGCUGCGCUACCCGCUGAACACGAACGCCAUGUUUUCGGCGCUGCCCCAGCUGGCCAAGGUGGUGUUUGCGCUCGGCGUAUCAUUCGUGGCCGACUGGCUGGCCAGGGGAAGUCGGCUCAGUCUCUCCGCUAACCGCAAGCUCUGGAACUCGAUCGGAAUGUACAUACCGGCGCUGACGCUGGUCGGUGUGUCGUUCGCCGGCUGCAGCGACGUGCUCGUUCUCACACUCAUGGUGACCACCGUGGGAUUCAACGGAGCCGUCCUCUCAGGGUACAACAUCAACCACAUGGACCUGGCGCCGAAUUUCGCCGGCACUCUGAUGGGCAUCACCAACUGCGUGGCGACGCUGGCCGGAGUGCUGGCGCCCUUCCAGGCCGGCUACGUCCUCAACCAACAGCCGUCGCUGGCCAACUGGCGAACGGUGUUCCUGACGGCGGCCGGCCUGUUGGCGCUGGGGAACACGGUGUUCUGCGCGCUGGGCUCCACCAGCCGGCAGCCGUGGAACGAGCCGACACCAGAACGCUGUCUGGUGCUCGACGCUGACGCCGAGGUGAAGAGGCGGGCCCGGCAGCAGGCGGUUCUCUGACGGCGCCACUCCACUGCCUGGAGCGACGUGGCGGGACACAUUUCACUAGUCAGAAGGAGGCGUUCCCGAGGUGCAAUGUCACCCAUAAACGCUCGGUCAUUAAAUCAAACUGGUAUAGUAUGUAGGGCGCUAUUUGUUGAACUUUGUUGAAGUGUCACCGUUGUACACAUAUCGAGCCAGUCGUUGUUUAGCUUGCCAAAGAUCAUAUUACUCAGACAAAAACUGGUACAUACCUAUAUAGUUUAAAGCGACUGGUUUGUGUAGAAAAUACAUAUGCACAAAAA